AUCGCUUAUCAUGUGUCAGCUGUUUCCAUUGAUCCUAAUGCAGAGACAAUCUCUCCUAUGAUGCUUGGAAAGGACAAAGAUGUUGAUAAUCUUGAACUUGACAGAGUGCCCAGUGGCCCUCGUGCUUUCAAGGCCAAAGGUCCCAAUCAAAAGCGUCUGUCAGGAAGACCUUCUCGUAAUGCAUCAGUCACUUCUUUGCCAACCCUUGAGUCAUCCGAGGUUGAGAAAGAUGAGGAGCACCAUUUGUUCAACAGUGGACUUGUUGGUCAGGUAACAGCAUGGCUUCGUGAGGAAAAGAAGAAACGUGAUGCUCGUAAGGCGCGCAAAUCUGCCGGUUCCCAAACUCAGGAAGAUGCCACUUCUCAUGAGAAUGUCGAAACAGCAUCACGAUCUCGUCGUCGCAGUUCUGCCGAAAGCGUUGAUCUCAGCAGACUGGAGCAGAUUUUGAAGGAAAGCAUCCACUUCGACAAGCCUCGUAGACCAUCCCUUCUGCAUCCGAGCAUCCGAAAGCGCCCAUCCAUUAAUCGCUUGCACAAGUCUUCGUCCAACGCAGGUCAAUCAUCUGAUACUGAGUACUUUGACGGCGACGCUCUUGUGCCGUCUGCCGAAGCUUGGCUUGAUAACACAAAGACUCUGGCCAGUGCUGGAGGUACUGCAGACCCAUCAGAGUCAACUGAAAGUCUCGGUCUCGGUUCUCGUCAAGCUUGGUCAUCAUUCAAGUAUGAGAUUGUUCGCCUUACCCACACGCUCCGCAUCAAGGGUUGGCGACGUGUACCCAUGGACAUGAGUAAUGAGUGUACCGUUGAGAGACUCAGUGGCGCUCUCACCAAUGCCGUUUACGUUGUGUCACCCCCAAGCGUCCUUCCACCACGUCCCACGAGCGCCGAUGGAAAACAGCCCUUGCAACGCCCUCCGCCUGCGAAACUCCUUCUCCGUAUCUAUGGUCCUCAAGUCGAGCACCUGAUUGAUCGCGAAUCGGAACUCCAGAUCCUGCGCCGUCUGGCUCGCAAACGUAUAGGACCUCGUUUGCUGGGAACAUUCAGCAACGGUCGCUUUGAGGAAUAUUUCCAUGCGAGAGCACUUGAUCCCAAAGACUUGCGCAAUCCUGACACGUCCAAGCAGAUCGCCAAGCGUAUGCGCGAACUUCACGAAGGUAUCGACUUGCUUGAGCGCGAGCGUGAUGAGGGCGCCUUUGUAUGGCAGAAUUGGGACAAAUGGUUCCAACGUGUUCAAGAUGUGACCAUGUGGCUUGAUAGCGAAGUGCUGAAGCAUCAGCAGAGCAAGAACACUUCAAAGGAAGGAUGGCAAGCUCGUGGCUUUGUUUGUGGAACCGAAUGGGCCGUCUUCAAGAAGACUGUGCAAAAGUACCGUGAAUGGCUCGAGGCGCAGUACACCGAAGCCGGCCAGUUGCGCUCUCGCUACGUGUUUGCGCACAACGAUGUAAGCACCUCACCACUCUUGCUUCCCGCGAACACACACAAACAACUCAUCGUCAUUGAUUUUGAGUACGCCAACGCAAACACUCCUGGUCUCGAGUUUGCCAACCACUUUACAGAAUGGUGCUACAAUUACCACGAUGAGAAGGUGCCUUGGCUCUGCAACACUUCUCUGUACCCCACUGCCGAAGAACAAGACCGCUUUGUUCGCGCCUAUGUUCGCCAUCGUCCUCAAUUUAAUGCACCAACUCCUUUGCUUGGACCUCAGGACGGCACUCCAGUGGAGAAGGACAAGGGCAGUGAGAAGCCAAAACGGCCAGCUGGACCUACGAGCAGCAUCUCAAACUUCAUGCUCGAUGCCCGCGGUCCUCCUGAGAGUGCAGCUACAACUGCAAAGCAAGAUGCUGAGUACCAAGCCAACGAAGACGCCCAAGUGCGCUCCCUCCUUCGCGAAACACACAUGUGGCGCCUUGCCAACACUGCCCAAUGGGUAGCUUGGGGUAUUGUGCAAGCCAAAGUACCUGGUUUGCCUGACGCCCCUUCCUCCACUAUCCCUCUCUCCGAGACCCCCGAUGAGAUUACACCUACCGAGGAACAGCCCUUCUCCGACCCUCUGGAUCAAGAAGCCAAAGACUUGCAAGACGACAUUAAAGACAAGCGACCCGAUCCCAACGAAGAAGACGACGAGCAAGCAGAAGAAGAAUUCGAUUAUCUGGCUUAUGCUAGAGACCGAGCCAUGUUCUUCUGGGGCGAUGCGUUGAGUCUUGGCAUCAUCAAGGAGGAGGAGUUGCCAGAGGAUGUCAGGCGUUCGGUCAAGAAGGUCGACAACUGA